AUGAAGUGGCUGUUCUGGGUGUGUGUCCUGCUAUGUGCCCUUGUCUGUCACUUCAGCGAGGCCAGAGUCAUCAUCCCAGAAGGGGUGCCAUAUGAUGAGCCUCCAGCAGUGCCCUACUGGCCCUACUCCACCUCAGAUUUCUGGAACUACAUUGAAUACUUCAGGUCCAUCGGCGCCUACAACCACAUCAACGAGAUGGCCCGCGCCUUCUUCGCCCACCAACACCUCGGAGACACCCUGGGUUAUGAGACCAACGCUGGUCACGAACACUGAAGAGGGCUGAGCUCCC